CAGGGCAACCCGGUACAAUCAAGUAUUUGCUCAGAAUCCAGACACCAUCAAGUCAGCCAUUCAGAAAAAAAAUCUCAUCUUUCAGAUCGUUCAGCCCAAGCUCCUGCUUAAUUUCACCCAUGACUCAGUUUAGACAACAUAUCAACUACAGAGUGACCAAUGUCUAAACGGAAAUUAAAAAAUGAGCCUUUGAAAAUGCUAGGUUUACAAUGAGAAGCAUUAUAAUUCAAAGUUUAUUGUAUGGAUCCUUGACAUUUGGGAUCUGGAUAGCUCUGUUGUAUGGAUUUAUUCACCACAAUCAUGUGAGCAACUUGGAAAAGAAAACCCAGGAGCCUGCCUUAAUUUGGUCCCUUGAAAAAAAAUUGCAUCGACAAGUUACCCAUGACUCAGAGCAAAUGCCAAGACCAUAUGUGAGAUUUGUAAGGCCUGACGAAGAUGAAACCAAAGAACGGAAACCUGUUUUAAAAUUUAGUAAGGAUUUUAACUAUUCAAGCUCGGAAUUUGUUGAUGGAUUUUUAAAAUAUGGAUUUAAUACCAUUCUCAGUAAAAGCUUGGGAAGUGAGCGAGAAGUGCCAGAUACCAGAGAUAAAAGGUGUUUUCAAAACCACUACCCAACCAACCUACCUACUGCCAGUGUUGUCAUUUGUUUCCACAACGAGGAGUUUCACGCCUUGCUUCGGACCGUGUUCAGUGUCAUAAACCUCACCCCACACCACUUCCUUGAAGAAAUUAUUUUGAUAGAUGACCUGAGCGACUCUGAUGACUUGAAAGACAAACUAGACUACCACCUGGAAAUUUUUCGGGGAAAGAUUAAAUUAAUAAGAAACAAAAAGAGAGAGGGAUUGAUCCGAUCACGAAUGGUUGGGGCCUCUCGUGCUUCAGGGGACGUUCUGGUGUUCUUGGAUAGCCACUGCGAGGUGAAUAAAGUAUGGCUGGAGCCCUUGCUGCAAGCUGUUGCUAAGGACCCCAAAAUGGUGGUGUGUCCUCUGAUAGAUGUCAUUGACUCUAUGACCCUAGAAUACUGGCCCUCUCCUGUUGUAAGGGGCGCUUUCAAUUGGCAUCUACAAUUUAAAUGGGAUCAUGUUUUCUCUUAUGAGAUGGAUGGACCAGAAGGACCGACUAGACCCAUUCGGUCACCUGCAAUGGCUGGAGGAAUUUUUGCUAUAAAUAGGCAUUUCUUUAACGAGAUCAGACAGUAUGACAAGGGCAUGAACCUCUGGGGAGCAGAAAAUUUGGAGCUUUCAUUAAGGAUCUGGAUGUGCGGAGGGCAACUCUUCAUACUCCCCUGCUCGCGGGUGGGACAUGUCAGUAAGCAUCGCCCUCCUAAUCAACCUGAGCUUACAAAAGCCAUGACAUAUAACAGUCUCAGAUUGGUGCACGUUUGGCUGGAUGAAUAAAAGGAGCAGUUUUUUUUAAGAAGACCUGAUCUGAAAUUUGUUGCCUAUGGAAACAUUAGCGAGCGUGUUGAAUUAAGGGAACGAUUGGGUUGCAGAUCAUUUCAGUGGUACUUGGAUAAUGUCUUCCCAGAAUUGGAGACAUCAGAGGGCGGCAGAUGAAACAGAAACAAAUCGUUUUCGUUAAUAACGGGUUAAAAGAAACCCCACGUCUUCAACAUGGAGGAGAAAAGUUUGGAACACCAUGAAAUUGCGUGAAAUGCAGUAAGAAAUACAACCAUGCUGCUCUAAAACAAGA